AUGCGCUUCACAUUGUGUCGGUCGCUUCCGACAUUGCCUCGACGAGCAGGCUUCUGUAUCCCGUCUUCAAUCCUCCGAGCCUCGUAUUCCACGAGUUCGACUCCCCAUGGCGCGCAUCACAUCCAGACACGUGAGUCGAAAUUGAAUCCCGAGCACAAGGACGGGCGUCGAUUCCGCGAGUUCGAUCUCGAAGACCGGGUGUUCGCCGUCACCGGAGGCGGCCGCGGACUCGGACUGGCGAUGGCCGAAGCUCUCAUGGAAGCCGGCGCAAAGGUGCACUGCCUCGACCGCCUAGAGAACCCGCACCCGGACUUCCUGGCGGCGCAAGACCACGCGGCGAGCACCUACGGCGGCGCGCUGCACUACCACCGGGUGGACGUGCGGGACGCCGAGGAAGUGAACGCGCUCUUCGCGACGAUCGCGGCGCAGGACCAGCGGCUGGACGGGCUGUUGGCCGCCGCGGGGAUCAACCACCUGCAGGCGGCACUGGAGCACUCCCCGGCGGCGCUGCAGGAGGUCAUGUCCAUCAACUACAACGGGGUGUUCCACGCGGCGACGGCGGCGGCGCGCCAGAUGUUCGCCUACCAGCAGAAGGGCUCGAUCCUGCUGGUGGCCAGCAUGAGCGGCCUGAUCGCCAACAAGGGCAUGACCUCGCCCGUGUACAACUCGUCCAAGGCCGCCGUCAUCCAGCUGGCCCGCUCCCUCGCCAUGGAAUGGGGCCGCCACGGCGUCCGCGUCAACAGCCUCUGCCCCGGCCACAUCCUCACCCCGAUGGUCGAGCAGGUCUUCCACCAGAACCCCGCCGCCCGCGCCGUCUGGGAGGCCGAGAAUAUGCUCGGCCGCUUGGCCACCCCCGAGGAGUUCCGCGGCGCCGCGCUGUUCGCGUUGAGUGAUGCUAGUAGCUUUAUGACGGGGAGCACGUUGGUCAUCGAUGGGGGCCAUACGGCUUGGUAG